AUGUUUCUGGUUCCUUACAUGUUUGCAUGCACGCACAUCCAGACUGCUCCAUUUCUCGAAAAUGGUGUCAUCAAGCUCCCACACUCCCUCCUUGUGUUUUUGCGUUUGCCGCUGUUCAAGAAAGUUGGUGUUUCAGUCGGAGCUGACUUCAAGCGGCUGCAGAAUGACUGGAUGCAUCAUGGCACAGCAUUGGAUGAACUGUUUGCAGGACACGUGGAGCUGGGAGCAAUGGCUAAGGAGCGUGGUGCUACUGUGAAGAGGACUGUGGGGCUUGCCGAACUCGUCGGAAUACUUCUCGGCAGGCACCUACCAAAGGACCCCCAAGUCCAUGUUAGCCCUUGGUGGGCUGAUGCUGUGCUCCCCCAGGAGUACAUCAACUAUGCUGUGCUCGAUGUCUAUGCUGUCUCCCAGGUGCAUUUACAGCUCGUGGGGAUGGACAUUGCUCAGCCUGUUGUGGCCACCACCCCUAGUGGGACUGCAAUUGCACUCCUGGCACCUGAUGGACAGGAGGUGGCUCACGGAAUUGUGGCCCUUGAACAUCCUCCUGCCCUCGAUGGUGUUGUCGUGUCACCAAAACGAGUUGUGAUGACAGUUUCUAAAGUGCUCGUGCCAUCUUUCCUGCUUCCUGCUCGCCUACAGAAAGCAAAGCAGGCAAAAUCACUUGCGUCAUUCAGCACUCUUGUCCUGAAUGAGGAUGAGUUGAUGGUGAUUUGGAGACCAGCCCUGAACAGACUAUCGAGGGCUCCUUGCGAGAUACAGCUGCAGAAGCUGCACUUGUAG